GAGAUAAAAGGAAGAGAAGGCCCCUUGAAUCACGACUGCUGCAGAGUCCGUCUGGAAGAGGGGUGGGAAAGAAUAGCAGGUCAAAGAGUGUGUAGAGGGGUACCUCAGCAUCCAUCUCUAAAUCCUCCAUCUUUCUGGGAGUGGGUGGACUAAUCCGUCCACAUGGAGGACCUCAAAACGUUUGCUACGGAGGCACUGGAAGAUUUUGCCCAAUUUAUGCCCGGCACCCACCAGCCUCCUUUGGGGGGCUCCAGGUUCUCCAUCGGCAACUGCCUGCCUCCGAACUCAAUGCUGGGAUGCUACCCAGGGGCAUUCCCAGGCCCAGCAGAGCUGCCCGCCUACCCCCAGGAGAACUUCAGGAACGGGGUGGCCCACGCAGAGUGGUACUCCUCUGGCACCGCGGACGGACCCUACCCUUCAUGUAAGUGAUGCACCCUCUCAGCUACUCUUCAUGUAAGUGAUGUACACCAAAGUGCUGGUGUUGACCUUUAAAGCCCUAAACGGCCUCGGCCCAGUAUAUCUGAAGGAGCGUCUCCACCCCCAUCGUUCUGCCCGGACACUGAGGUCCAGCGCUGAGGGCCUUCUGGCGGUUCCCUCAUUGCGAGAAGCAAAGCUACAGGGAACCAGGCGGAGGGCCUUCUCGGUGGUGGCGCCCGCCCUGUGGAACGCCCUCCCACCAGAUGUCAAAGGGAUAAACAACUACCUGACAUUCAGAAGACAGAAGUUUAUAAUGUGUGGCAUUUUAAUGUAUUUUUAAUCUUUGUUGGAAGCCGCCCAGAGUGGCUGGAGAAACCCAGCCAGAUGGGCGGGGUACAAAUAGUAAAUAAUUACUAUUAUUAUUAUUAUUAUUAUUAGCUGUCAGAUGGGUUGCUGUUGUUACUUUUGCAAGCAAAAUGUCUGUAGGGCAACUUGUGUGGGGCUGUCAGCGGGCUUCUGAACUGCCAAGUGGUGGAAUAAUGCUCUCGGAGGAGGCUGCCCGUCGCACCCCUGCAGGAGUUACGAACAUGAGAAGAGCCUGUAGCUGGAUCACCCAAUGGCCCACCUAGUCCGGUGUUCUGUUCUCGCAGUGGCCUGCUAGAUGCCUGCGGGAAACCUGAGAGCGAAACCUGAGCGGGACUCUUCCCUCCUGGUAUUCACAUCUGAGUGUGGAGCAGAGCAGAGCCCUCAGGUCUAGUAGCCGUCGAUAGAUUUCUUCAUGAAUCUGUCCAAUUCUCUUUUUAAAGCCAUCCAAGUUUGUGGCUGUCCCUGCCUCUUGUGUCGGGGAGUUCCACAGUUGAACUAGGCUCUGCGUGAAGAAGGGCUUUCUUUUAUCUGUCUUAAAUCUUCCAGCUUCGCCCUGGGCUUGCCACCUUCCAACCAGGAAUGGGGCCUAGGCUCGAUGUGGCAGGGAAUGCCUCUUACACACUCAAAAAGUCAACCCCCUAUUUUUGAAACUACAAUUUUAAUCCUCCUGCUAUCAGAAGUUUGGGGAACCCUGCACUGGAACGGGUCAGAAUGUCGGAAAGGUUGUUAUUAUGUACGGAGGGAGUGUGGUGUAGUGGUUAGACUUUUAGACCAAAGAGUCCUGGUUGCUCACUGGGUGACCUUGAAAAAUAGCUGUCAACUUUUCCAUUUUCUUGUGAGGAAUCCUAUUCGGAAUAAGGGAAUUUCCCUUUAAAAAAGGGAAACGUUGACAGCUAUGCCUUGUACAGAGAUAGACCAAUGGUCUAGCUCAGUAAAGUCUACACAGGUUGGCAGCAGCAGCAGCGCUCCGCAGAUUCUGCUUGCAAAGCCUGCACUCUAGCACUGAUCUAUGGCCCAUCCUCUGCCUGCACCUAGCCUUCCUCGCAAGGUCGUUGUGAGGACAGAAAGCACUCUGUGCUCCUUGGAAGAAAAGUUAGGACAACCCGAUAGAUUACAAAUAUACAUUACAGUGGUACUUUGAGUUACAGACGCUUCAGGUUACAGACGCUUCAGGCUACAGACUCCGCUAACCCAGAAAUAGUACCUCGGGUUAAGAACUUUGCUUCAGGAUGAGAACAGAAAUCGUGCGGCGUCAGCGGGAGGCCCCAUUAGCUAAAGUGCUACCUCAGGUUAAGAACAGUUUCAGGUUAAGAAAAGACCUCCAGAACGAAUUACCAUAUUUUUCGCUCUAUAAGACGCACCAGACCACAAGACGCACCUAGUUUUUGGAGGAGGAAAACAAGAAAAAAAAUAUUCUGAAUCUCAGGAGCCAGAACAGCAAGAGGGAUCGCUGCGCAGUGAAAGCAGCAAUCCCUCUUGCUGUUCUGGCUUCUGGGAUAGCUGCGCAGCCUGCAUUCGCUCCAUAAGACGCACACACAUUUCCCCUUACUUUUUAGGAGGGAAAAAGUGAGUCUUAUAGAGCAAAAAAUACGGUAAGUUCUUAACCUGAGGUACCACUGUAUUGUACACAACCAAAUCUUAUAUAAUAAAAUCAGAGUCAUUGUCCUCAUGUCUAUUUGUAUGUAGUCAGAACAGCCCCUUUCGUCACCCAAGAGGGAAGUAUCAGUGGGCUUGGGGGAACCCCAGAUUUGUGGGGAAACACAUUAAGGGGGACCCUCACCCCCCAAAUACCCAGCCCUAUGACAACUGAGCAUGCUCAGUGGCUUGGGAUGCUGAUUGUGGGUUUUGCAAAUGGGAAGAAACCGAAUGGAGUGGAGAAUUUCACUUUGGAUAGCUCAAUCGGUAGAGCACGGGACUCUUAACCUCAGGGUCGUGGGUUUGAGCCCCUCGUUCUGCAAAAGAUUCCUGCGUGGCAGGGGGUUGGAUCAGAUGACCUUUGGGGUCCCUUCCAACUCUACAAUCUAUGAAAUAAAACAUAUUCUUUCCCAGAAAGAACCGGGCCGGUAGAGCUACAAUUCCCAGGGAUAUUUGGGCGAAAUAAUAUCAGCUUUUGUCCUGGUUCCCCAGAGUCAUCUGGCUGGCCGCUGUGAGAACAGAAUGCUGGACUUGGCCUGAUCCUGCAGCCAGGCUCUUCUUGUGUUCUUACCUUUUUAGUGAAAGUCCAGUAUCCCUCGCAUUGGAAAAUGGCGUCAGAGUUUUGCCGGCAGAAAACCCAUUUGGUCCAGCAUCCUGUCCUUACAGAUCCACAGUAUAUUCAGUGCACGCUUAAAGCACCGAGUUCCCCCAAAGAAUGGAGCUAAGAUUUCCUUGACCUACUGAUUACAGGAUUAUUUGGCAGAAGUUGUGCGUUUUUAAGGUGCGCUGAAUAUGAAUAUAUGGCGUUGUCAGCACCGCAUGCUAACCAGCCGAGCUAAAAUGAGGACCGGGCUUUUGAUCGCCGGAUCAAGGGCAUCACGUUUGUUGAAUUAACCAAACUAAAAAUCUUUCGCUCUAUAAGAUGCACCAGACCAUAAGACGCACCUAGUUGUUGGAGGAGGAAAACAAGAAAAAAAAUAUUCUGAAUCCCAGAAGCCAGAACAGCAAGAGGGAUCGCUGUGCAGCGAAAGCAGCGAUUCCUCUUGCUGUUCUGGCUUCUGGGAUAGCUGCGCAGCCUGCAUUCGCUCCAUAAGAUGCACACACAUUUCCCCUUACUUUUUAGGAGGGAAAAAGUGAGUCUUAUAGAGCAAAAAAUACGUAGAUUUUGAAAAGUUGCACAAUUAGUUGUUGUUUUGAAUUUUAUUGUGCUUCCUUGGUGGGUCAUGCAAACUGCUAUUCCGAACAAUGCUUUUACUGGGCAGGGGUCACUGCGGAUGAAUUUAUGGGACUAAGAAAGUGACCGUCUGAAAAAAACGAGGAACCGCUGCUUUAAAUGUAUAGUGUGGAUCUGCAAGGAUCCACAUGCUACAGAGAGCUCCCCCACCACCCAAAAAUGGGACUUUGCAUUUUAUUAUUAUUAUUUUAUUAUUUAUUCGGUUUCUAUACCGCCUUCAGCUGAAGAUCUCAGGUUGGUUCACAAGAUAAAAAGACAGUCGUACCUUGGAUCCCAAACGCCUUGGAACUCGGACGUUUCGGCUCCCGAACGCUGCAAACCCGGAAGUGAUUGUUCCGGUUUGCAAACAUUCUUUUGGAACCUGAACAUCUGACGGGGCUUCUUCUGAUUGGCUGCAGGAGUUUCCUGCAGCCAAUUAGAAGCCAUGAUUUGGUUUUGGAACGUUUUAGAAGUCUAACGGACUUCCGGAACAGAUUCCGUUUGACUUCCAAGGUACGACUGAUAAUUUUUGAUUCUCAAUGACAGCCUGACUCGCUCUCAUUCUUUCCUCCUCCCCCCCCCCCAGUCCCCAGGUAUGUGGGGACAUCGGGGUUCAGCGUCGCCGGAGCCGACUGCCUGGGCUACAUUGGCGAGGUGAUCAAGCCACCCUCCUUCUUCACCGGGAACCCGUCCAAAAGGAAGCGCCGGGUGCUGUUCACCCGGGCCCAGGUUCACGAGCUGGAGAAGAGGUUCGAGCUGCAGAGGUACCUGACAGCCCCAGAGCGUGAACACUUGGCCACGGUCACCCGCCUCACCCCCAACCAGGUGAAGAUCUGGUUCCAGAACCACCGGUACAAGAUGAAGAAGCAAGGCAAGCAACAGGACCCCAAGGCCGACCCGGGGCAGGAAGCACACCGAACCUGCGACAACGGCGUGGUUCCGCCACACCCAGGGGGUUACGGUUUUGCCGGGUCUCUGAUGGAGGAGAAGUCCUUGUUAGGGUCUCCUUAUCCCUUCCCCGGACUCGCACCCAGCACCCAGAGCUUAUCCGCCAGCCCCAGUUCCAGCGCCGACUCUCAGCCCGGCACAAAGGCUGCCGAAAACAGGCUUGCGUUCAGCAAGCCGUGGUAGCCAAUGGAAGGGGAGCGAGAUUGGACCAUUUGAUGGCAUGAGAGGCCGUGCUGUGUGCCUGACAGCCCAAGCAAGCGGCUGCCUUGUCUUGUCACACCGGUAGCACACAGUGGACGGAGGCAUCAGAUGUGACUUGUGUGCCGUCAGGCUGGCCGCUCUGAAACCAGCUCAGAUUUGCUUUUGUGCUGUGGGUUAAACCACAGAGCCUAGGACUUGCUGAUCAGAAGGUCGGCGGUUCAAAUCCCCGCGACGGGGUGAGCUCCCGUUGCUCCGUCCCUGCUCCUGCCAACCUAGCAGUUCGAAAGCACCUCAAAGUGCAAGUAGAUAAAUAGGUACCGCUCCGGCAGGAAGGUAAACGGUGUUUCCGUGCGCUGCUCUGGUUCGCCAGAAGCGGCUUAGUCAUGCUGGCCACAUGACCUGGAAGCUGGACGCCGGCUCCCUCGGCCAAUAAAGCGAGAUGAGCGCCGCAACCCCAGAGUCGGCCACGACUGGACCUAAUGGUCAGGGGUCCAUUUACCUUUACUUUACCAGGUCAGGGCUAGACAUGGCAAGACUGGAGCCAGGGCAAAACCUGCUUGGUGUCAGGAGUGAGCAAGCAGUAAAUCAAACCAUGCAAGUUGGUGUGGACUCUUGCUUGACAAAAAUGGGAUCUGCUCAGGCCUAGUGGGCAAAGCAACCUAUCUCUGGCAGGUCUUGCAGUUGCUGAGACUGAAAAUCCCCGCUUCCCACAGCUGCCUAAUUCCCCUCCUCUCUAGGGUUUCCCCCAAGCAAUCAGAAACUGCGCCUGUGUGAAGCGAACAUCUCCUCUGCCCUCUUCAUUCCUCUCCUGGUUCUGCAAGGAGGUUUAGGGGAAAGGGGAACUUGUCACAGCAGGAGGGGGAGAACUCCCUGGUUUCUUCACCAGCCUGACUCAUCUCUGCCUCUUGCCCAACCCUCCUCUCCAGCCUUUGCUUCUGCCUCUGAUUCUGGACUGCUUUCUGCCACAGAUUCUCCCUGCUCACUAAGCCCUGUUACCCAUUCAGUUUCCGACACCACUUCUUCCCAGUCUUCUCCCUUGGACCACUCAUCCUUGCCCCACCACCAAUCCCUGGGCUCUGAGCCUUCUUCCCCCAGCUGGUUCCUCCCACCACUUCUUCACUGGAUUGGUUGUAAGGAAAAAGGCAGGCAGGAUGGAUGAAGGCAGGCUGAAGUUGGUAGGGCAGUACCCCAUUCACCUGAACGCAGGGGUGAGGAGCCUUUUCCACCUGGCAGGACAGAUCUUUGAUUGGGCCAACUCUGAUAGGUGGGCAGGACCACUCCUCUGUCAAUCAUCCGAUACCCUAAGGGUGGCAGUCGAUGGACAGGUGAGCAGCCAGCGCAGCGACGUCUCCACCUGCCCCACACAUGACAUUGCCUAUAAUAAUAUGGGGCAAGUGGGAGUUCUCUGGGGAAGACAACAUGGUGGGCCAGAUUUGGCCCACAGGCUGAGGGUUCCUCACCCCUGCUCUAACCGACCUUCACUCUGGCGCUUUUUGGCUUUUGAGACAGAAGAGACCAGACUAAAACAUCAUGAGAAAUAAUGGUGGGAAGAUGAGGAGGAGCCAAGCUACCCACAGACUUAAACCAGCAAGUCCCUAACCAUUUUAAACCCUGCAAAAACAAAACAAAAAUGGUUCGCUGCUUGGACCAGACACGUGCUUCAGCUGCAGCUUUUCAGAUCAGCCAGCGCUUCCGAUCGAUUGGUGCUCCAGGAUCGAUCGCUGUAGCUUUCUUGGGAAAAGGGAAAGAUUCGUCAAAUGGCUUUUGCUGAUUUCUCUGCAGGCUCCCUUCUUAUUGCUUUGUCGAAAGCAAAUCAGCACAGAUUACGGCAAGAGUGAGCGGGGGGAAAGUGGAACGUCAAUUCUCUUUAGACCAGCCUUUGCUGGCCUGGAGUCCUCCUGGUGUCCCACCAUCUCUAACCAUUGGCCAUGCUGGCUGGGGCUGAUGGGAGAUAAAUUUGCCUCUAACUGUACUACCAGGGUUUUUGGGGGGGCGGGCGGAAGAUAAUUUGUUGUUAGGUGUUGCAAAUAGCAGGCAACAGCUCAGGGCUUGCUUGCUGCGCUGUGGUGACAGAGUGCCAUAAUCCGCUUUAAUUGUGCAAAAAUCUGCUUGAGCUUGAAAACCUCCUGGAAACGGGGACCGACUGGGCUCACCCUUUGGGAUGCUGCCUGUCUAACAGUUGCCCAGACAUGAAACUACUUGCCGUUGCGUCCUCUGGUACAGAAAAGUAUUGACGAUUGCUAUGCAGGAAGAAAGAAAAUGUACACAACAUUUAAGAGAACUCAGGAGAGACCGGGUACAUUGGUGCCUUACGGCAGAGCUCUAUUUCAGAUCAAACACGAUCAGACCACACCUCAGGUUGCCUCUGGAUUUGGAACUCACCUGAGAAAACUGUAGAUCACAUGCAGACUAGACACAUUUAAAGCACAUUCGAAGCACAUUCUUUUCCUCAAAGAAUUCUGGGUACUGUAGUUUGCUAAGAGAUGCUGGGAACAGUAGCUCAGGGGGGUGGGGGUUAAACUACAGUGCCCAGAAUUCUUUGAGGGAGAUAAUGAGCUUUAAAUGUGCUUUAAAGGUAUAGUGUCCCCUUCUUUAGAUUGUCCAAUUCUGUUACAUUCGUUUACUAUAGAUGUGUUCUACAUCCUGCAAGUUUUACGAAUUGUACACUCUGCCAAACCAUGAUUAGCCUGGGGUCUGGAAAUUCCUGACCCCUGGUGUAAGGUACAUUACCUGUACGCACGACAUUUGGUGUAUGUGGCAUGUGCUCUGUAUCAUAAAAGCAAUUUUUAAAAAAACCCCAGUUAUGCCUUAAAAAAACACAACAAGGCUAAAGAUGAAACAGCGCCAACAUAAACCUGAGUGUUGCGCUGAGAUAAAAGACAAGUAUUACUCCAAAUGUUGUUUUUAUAUGAUAUUGUAAGACUGGGCAAUGUAUACGCAGCACGAACGUCAUCCUGGAAUACGCUAUGCCAGGAACACUGUGAGCACUGUCAAUUUCUCAACAAAUUUGUUUGCAGUGGAGAACAAUUUCUCAAGAAGAACAUUCAGACACUAGUGCAGUUGUUCAAAUUUUCUGGAACAAAUACUCAUUAAAUACUGGUGGUGAGUCAUUUUUCCACCCUGAAACGGUAUCCAUGUUUGCUGCUAUUAUUUAGGGAAAGGUUUUUAAUAUCUUCUGCAUAUCCAAAUUCACUUGAUUUGCUCAUUUAUUCAUCUGCUUUAAAUAUACACUCUUAUCAAACUGCAGGUUAUUACAAUAACCCUGCCAAUGUUCUUAGCCAUUUACAAUUCAUCUGUAAAUAUCCAAUAAACCGUUCCCAUUCUUUUA